AUGGAGCGCAAUCACAUGCUUCCGACUGAUCGUGAGACCGAGUCUCGCCAUGUUCUCCUCGGACCACCACCAGCUCGACCGCCGCCUUCUCUAAUGGCUUUCUCCCCACCAGCAUAUUCCAAUGUGUCUCCGAACGCGAUAAAGUUUCCUGAUGUUCCUAAUACCGACUUGCCGACUUCUUUGCCUCCCCUGGCUCGACUAGCCGACAACGACAUCAAGUUACCAUCUCUGAGCUCUCUUGCAGGUGAAAUGGCACUCGAACCGCCAAAGGCUUGGCCUCCUCUUCACCCCAUGCCUUUAUAUCAGUCGCCAAUUGCUUUUGGACAUACUAUCGACAGCCCGACUCGAAUGGAUCUUGAUGCGAGUACCAACAGCGUUGUCAGCGCUGCAUCACCCGAUGGGCUGGCCAGGGCUGGAAGCGUCAGUCUAGAUGACCCUGAUGUGCGACUUGCAGCUGAGGCGCUUGGCGACUUGAGAGCAGACUUUAUAUCAUCACCGCCUCACAGGAAUACAUCACUUCCACUGAGCCCUCCAACUUCGCACGGAUUCCUCAAUCGACAACCGCAGUCCCCACAACCUGAGCCGUUGUUAUCGCUUCUCACAACAACUCAUCCUUUGCUUGCAAGUACAAUCGAGGGCGCCACUUCGGCUUACGGGGGCGCCAAGAACUUCUCACCGCGGUUUCGAUCAGGUGCCGAAUAUGUUGAAGGAUACCUAACACCAAUUGCGAACACUGUUGGCUCUGUUGGUAGAGUGACUGGUGUAGAGGGAGGUGUGCGUUGGUUUCUAGGUGCUGGACGGCGACAAAAUAGUUCGACGUCAGAUUUGGAAACUGGCAACAGUAAGAAGCGUCGCAAGAUGGACAGUGAAGAUGAAGCCGUCAGCAACAAGAGGUUUGAGGGUGAAGGCAUGCAGCAGUUGUCGGAUGAGCACGAAACAGAGCCUUCACCAUCUUCCAAGACGAUGUCUCGUCGAAUGUCAAACACAAGCACUGUGGAUACUCUUCCCGCUUACGAUGACUUGCGGUCACCUGCAUACACAGAAACAGAUGCAGGGAGUGAACCACGGCCUACUUCAAGACCCAACAGUGCAUGGCAGUCACGGCUUAUCAUGUCCACCUCGGGUUUGAGUGUUGCCAUGAGCGAGGAGAGUCUAAGAAGUCUCAAAUAUUGUCUUCACUGGCUCAGAUGGGCAAACGAUCAUAUAUCUCGCGUUAUCACAGCUUUGAGGACCACCCUGGAACAGUAUGAGAGAGUACGACCUGAUGGAUCAGACGUACAUCCUGGAGAACGGUCUGAAGAUCCACAAUCUCGCACUCAACUUGCAGCUCGCAUUUCGAACCUUAAGAACGAUGUUCUGAGGACCCUUCGCGACGCAAUCAAUACUGUGUCUAAAUAUGCAGGAGGCGCAUUGCCUGAUAAUGCCCGAAUCCUUGUACGACGUCAUCUCACCAGUCUACCCCAACGAUUCCGCAUUGCCACCAUGUCGGACAAGACCAACGGGCAGAACGACAGUGAGUCUGCCAUGACUGAAGGUGCCCAUAAGGUGCUGGUACUAGCUAAAGAGGGCUUGGAUAUGGUUGUCCAAGUCAGUGGUGUUGUGGAUGGAACAAUCGUCAGCGCUGAACAAUGGCUCGACCGUAUGGGCAAGCGAAGAGCCCAGGAUGAGGAGAAGCCUAUGCUACCUCAGACCGAGACUAAUGGCGAUGUCAAAAUGGGCUAA